AUGAACAAACGUAAAAUAGAUGAACACAGGAGAAAUGGUAAGAAACUUAUUGCGAAAUUUACAAUAGACCUCAUUACCAAGCUUCUCUCGGAAAGCCGUCGAGAAAUUCUUACGAUGGACAGAAUGCUUGCUAAGCGUAUCCGACUGACAAAGACCACUUGGUAUGAUGUUGAUUCCUCAAGAGAUAUUCUUGACAAUAUUUUUGUAAGGGUUCCUGUUAAAAGCCUCUUACAGUUGAAGGCUGUCUAUAAACGUUGGCAUAGUGUGAUAAGCUCUCCGAGUUUUACAAAAUUGCAAUUAAGCCUUUCCAAAGAGAAACCCGCUUUUAUACUUUACCCAUAUGUGGAUGAGGUGACAAAUGUGUACAUGGUCAAUGCCGAUGGUAUAAUGACCGAAAAGGUUACUCUUCCACGCUGUGAAAAUCUUUCUUUCCUUAGUAUGAUAUGUUCAUAUAAUGGCCUGGUAUGCUUCACAAAUUGUCCCUGGGUUCCAGAUUCUGGAAUGACCGAAGUGGAUUUGACGGACUUGGAAAUCCGUAUAUGCAAUCCUGCUACUCGCAAAGUCCACUUACUUCCUGCAGGUAGCUCCUCAGAGAAGGAACCAGUGGCUGGAGUUGCCUUCGGACCAAGUGAGUACAAAGUGUUUCGGAUUUUCCAUACCAAAACUGAAUCUCAGGAUUCCUGCCCUGAGUGUGAGGUGUACACGCCGAGCACUGGAGCCUGGAGAGGCAUAGGUUCCGUUCCGCAAUUCCCCAUGCAUGAUCAUAACAUAUUUGUUGGCGGAAAAGUGUAUUGGUUUCUCCCUUCGGAAGAGGAUCACAGGACUGCAGGGUCUAUUCUUUCGGUUGAUAUGGAGGAAAACUUUCGAGUAAUCGAACUUCCAGACGAAGUCACUGCACACGCCUUCCUGGCCAAUCUGGAUGGCCACUUGUGCCUAAUUGCUAUUUAUGAUGAUGAUCUGAUCAUGGAUAUCUGGCUUCUUAAGUAUAACAAUGAGGCUUAUUAUUGGGAAAGGAAAUGUAGUGACUACAUUCCCUACUCGACCAUAGAAGGCACCGAUGCUGCAGCGGGGAGAAAGAACGAGAUCUUUAUAAUAACUACGGAGCAUUAUUUCCUGUAUGAUAUUGGACGCAGGACUUGGAUAGAACUUGAUUUUGCGGAAGCGUUUGACAGGAACUGUCCUGCUAUCUUUUCGUACACCGAAAGCCUUCUCCCAUGUAACGGAAGUUUGGGUCCUGAGGUUUGAUUCUAGUUCACGACGU